AUGAAGUCGGCGAGCUCGCGCGGGGGCGGCCGCGGGGGCUGGGGCGGCGGCUGGGGCGCGGGGCGCGGCGGUGGGACCAAGGGCAGCAGCAGUGGCGACGGCGGCGGCGGCGGCGGCGGCGGCGGCUCGGGGGGCAAAGGCGGAUUCGGGGCGCGGACGCGCGGCUUUGGCGGCGGCGGCCGGGGCCGGGGCCGGGGGCGCGGCGGGGGGGACGGCAGGGACCGCGGCGGUGGCGGGCAGCGGCGCAGCGUGGCCAAAAGCAAGAGCCGCCGCAAGAAGGGCGCGCACGCGGUGUCCGUGGAGCCGCACCGGCACGAAGGCGUGUUCAUCUACCGCGGGGCGGAGGACGCGCUGGUCACGCUGAACAUGGUGCCCGGCCUCUCUGUGUACGGCGAGAGGCGCGUCACGGUGACCGAGGGCGGCGUGAAGCAGGAGUACCGCACCUGGAACCCCUUCCGCUCCAAGCUGGCCGCCGCCAUCCUGGGCGGCGUGGAUCAGAUCCACAUCAAGCCCAAGUCCAAAGUGCUGUACCUGGGCGCCGCUUCGGGCACCACGGUGUCCCACGUCUCCGACAUCAUCGGCCCAGACGGCCUGGUCUAUGCGGUCGAAUUCUCUCACCGUGCUGGCCGCGAUCUGGUCAACGUGGCCAAGAAGCGAACCAACAUCAUCCCAGUCCUUGAGGACGCGCGGCACCCGCUCAAGUAUCGCAUGCUCAUCGGGAUGGUGGACGUGAUCUUCGCCGACGUGGCGCAGCCUGACCAGUCCCGCAUCGUGGCCCUGAACGCACAUACCUUCCUGCGCAACGGGGGCCACUUUCUCAUUUCCAUCAAGGCCAACUGCAUCGACUCCACCGCGUCCGCCGAGGCCGUGUUCGCGUCGGAGGUGAGGAAGUUGCAGCAGGAGAAUCUGAAGCCACAGGAGCAGCUGACCCUAGAGCCCUACGAGAGGGACCAUGCGGUGGUCGUCGGGGUCUACCGGCCCCUUCCCAAGAGCAGCAGCAAAUAG